UACAUAGAUGGUGAUGAUGAGGGGUGUUGAGGUGCCAAAACAAAUGAACAUAAAGAAGCUCCAAAAUGCCACAAAAAAACAGUGUCUACGUAGAGAGUGUCUCCUCAACGUAUGGGGGAAAGAUGUAUUUAUCCCUGGGACACACCCGAGACCAGGUGUGUCCCAUUUCGCUGACGACCCUUCCAGCACCGCCCACCGACAUCGUAUUAAGGAAAACAAGAGCAGAGGGAAAGAAUUCAGCACACAGAGUGGGAGGGUCGUCACAAUGUGCACUUUUAAAUUGGGUGGACUGAGACUAAAAAAAAUUGCCACAGACUGAAGUCAAAUCAAAUGUAUUUAUACCAUCAGAGAUGCUCUAAAAGCAUCUGAUAUUCUCAAGUCCAAGUCAAUGCAGAGUCCCCCGUGUCUCAAACAGCAUAGACCUGAAUCCACCUUGUUCAUUGGUCAGCUAGACCAGCUAGACCAUGCUGGUCGGACAAGCUUGACCAGCAUCAGACCAGCACUGACCAGCGAUUGAACAGCAUGGACUAGCUUGAAAUUUAUGCUGGUCUAUGCUUUUUUUUCAGCAGGGUAGCUAACAAGAACUUUUGACCCCAUCCUGUGACCUCUGGCAUGAUCCUCCAUCCUGUUUAUCUCUGCCUGUGCACAGAGACAGACAACACUGGUCAAUACUGGUUAGAGGCAGGGUAGUCUCUUCUGACAGCCGCUGUGGAGGCAGAAAAACAACAGAGAGUCAAUUCAUAGACUUCCAUGAGACUGGUGAAGACAGUGGACUUGGACCCCAGGCAGAACUACAUCCUUGGUUUCCAUCCCCAUGGGAUCCUGGUGGCUGGAGCCUUCACUAACUUCUGCACGUAUGCUACAGGCUUCAGGAAACUGUUCCCUGGCCUGGACAGCUUUCUGCUGAUGCUACCUCUCUGGUUCAGAGCCCCCUUCUUCAGAGACUACAUCAUGAUGGCAGGUCUGAUUCCCUCGGACAAGGAGAGUGCCAGCUAUCUGUUACGUCGACAGGGAGGUGGGAAUGCCGUUGUUAUAGCAGUAGGAGGAGCCCCCGAGGCCCUUGACGCACGCCCUGGCGCCUUCACCAUUCUCUUAGCCAAUAAGAAGGGCUUCAUCAAACUGGCAAUGGAAAAUGGUGCCCAUCUGGUGCCGGUCUUCUCCUUCGGGGAGAAUGAGUUGUUCGACCAGGUGGAAAACUCUCGAGGCACCUGGAUCCGCUUGAUUCAGGACAAACUGCAGAGCUUCAUGGGUAUCUCUCUGCCCCUCUUCCACGCGCGGGGCAUUUUCCAGUACAGCUAUGGUAUCAUGCCCUACAGGAAGCCCAUCAACACUGUGGUGGGACGGCCAAUCAGAGUGGAGAAGAAUGAGAAGCCCACAGUGGAGGAGCUUGACGCCCUCCAUCAGCUCUACACAGAAGAACUCAGCCAGCUGUUUGAGGAGCACAAGGGCAAGUAUGGAGUGCCAGAGGACCAACACCUCAGCUUUGUCUGAGCAGGACUCACAGCCGAGAGAGAAAGAAAGAGAGAGAGA